AUGACCUUCAAUGACAUCCUCCUGCAAGUGGGAGGGGUGGGCCGUUUCCAGUGGGCCCAGUUCACCCUGGUGGCCAUCCCAAUGCUGCUGAUGGCCUCCCACAACACCAUACAGAACUUCACAGCUGCUAUCCCUCGCCAUCACUGCCGCCCACCUCCCUCUGCCAACCUGAGUGAAGACAGCUCGGAAUCUGAGGAGCUCUGGGCCUGGCUGCCCCGGGACGAGCAGGGCAGACCCGAAUCAUGCCGUCGCUUUAUCACCCCCCAAAGGGGGUUACACUGGCCCAAUGACACUGAGGCCAACGGGACUGGAGCCACUGAGGCCUGCAUCGAUGGCUGGACCUAUGACCACAGCACCUUCCCUGCCACCAUUGUGACCGAGUGGGACCUCGUUUGCAGCCACAGAGCCCUGCGGCAACUGGGCCAGUCCUUAUAUAUGCUGGGGGUGUUCGUUGGAGCUUCUCUGUUCGGGACCUUGGCAGACAGGCUGGGCCGCCGGAAGGUCUUGAUCUGGACAUACCUGCAGACAGCCGCGUCAGGCACAUGCUGUGCCUUCUCUCCCAACUUCAGCACCUACUGCGUCUUCCGAUUUCUGACUGGCGUUGCCCUGUCUGGCAUGUCGAUCAACUGCCUUACACUGAACGUGGAGUGGAUGCCCAUCCACAUGCGGGCCACAGUGGGCACUCUGGUUGGCUACACCUACAGCGUGGGGCAGUUCAUCCUGGCCGGCUGUGCCUAUGCUGUCCCCCACUGGCGCUGGCUGCAGUUCCUCGCCUCCGUGCCCUUCUUCAUCUUCUUCCUCUACUCCUGGCUCUACAUUGAAUCUGCAAGAUGGUACUCCUCCACCGGCAGGCUGGACCUGACCCUCAGGGCACUGCAGAAGGUGGCCUGGAUCAAUGGGAAGCAGGAGGAAGGGGAAAAACUGAGCGUGGAGGUGCUCCAGACAAAACUGCACAAGGAGAUGACCCUGAGCAAGAGCAGACACACCACCCUGGACUUGGUGCGCUUGCCCACACUCCGAGGCCUCUUCUGCUGCCUCUCCCUGAUUUGGUUUGCCACCAGCUUUGCCUACUAUGGACUGGUCAUGGACCUGCAGUAUUUUGGAACCAACAUCUACCUUACCCAAGUGAUCUUUGGAGCCGUGGACUUGCCGGCCAAACUCAUAGGCUUCCUAGUCAUUAACUACCUUGGCCGGCGCCCCGCACAAAUGGCCUCCCUGCUUGUGGCUGGCAUUUCCAUCUUGGUCAAUACGUUGGUGCCCAAAGACUGGGGAAUCAUGAGGACUUCCCUGGCAGUCCUGGGGAAGGGGUGUCUGGCUGCCUCCUUCAACUGUGUCUUCCUGUACACUGGAGAGCUCUAUCCCACAGUGAUUCGGCAGACAGGCCUGGGUAUGGGCAGCAUGAUGGCCCGGGUGGGCAGCAUCAUUAGCCCUCUGGUGAAUAUGACUGGAGAGUUCUACCCUGCAUUGCCUUCUCUCAUCUAUGGAGCUGUCCCCAUUGCUGGUGGUGCUGUUACCUUCUUUCUUCCGGAGACACUCAACAUGCCUUUGCCAGAUAGUGUGGAAGAGCUGAAAGCCAGGCGUCGCGGGAAGAAGAAACAGAAGGAAGAGGGAGAGCAGACAAUCCCCCUGCAGUCCCUGAGGAAGGACGGGCUCUGA